CUGCAGUGCUACUUUGUGGCUCGUCCUCAUUCUUAACCUUACCUUUUUUUUUUUGAUGGGUCAGAGGAACCUAACAGGCAGCCAUCUCUAUACCUGGCCUGUAGCCUAUGAUGACCCACUGCAUCUGAAGCUUUAAGAUACUAGCUUAAAUAGCAGCAGCAGCAUUAGUACCAAUAUUCCCUCUGUUCUAAAUUGCCUGUCACUCAGCCAUCUCUGGCACUCCUCAGUAUGUCCUCCGAGCUUGGCUUGUCUCCUCGGGUUCUGCGUCUACCCAGGGCUGACAAUCCUGAAUCAUAUGUACUUGUUCAUAUCACUCGCACUGGCUCGUCUCUUGUGGACUUGAACGUUACGGCUACUGAAGGCGAGAACCCGUAUACUUGUACAGUGCAUAAGUCGCACCUACAUGAAUUUCGCUCCAAAAACUAUGAAGGUAACGACGAGGAAUGGGCGCAAAUUGUGUCACAUGUCUUUGGCCAGCUGGAUGAGUCCGACGCGAAGAUGAAGAAGCUGUGUGGUAUUGAAUCGUCGGCUAGCAUCAUUGGAGCCAGUGACGCCGAAGAUAAGGAGCUAGUGAUCACUAUUCGAAAGAGGAUCCAGACCAUAACUCAAAGACUUGGAUCCGUGACUCUCAGACAAGAUGACCAGCAAUCUAUCCAGCUCUUUGACUGGGCAGGGCUUGCUGCCGUCAGGGCCUAUACCCUUGAGCAGCGCUUCACUUCUUUGCUUGCUCGCUACCGCAGUGCUGAGACCAUGAUUAGACAACUCAACAAGCAGCUCGAGGAGUUCGUUUCCGCGAAGACACAGCACGAAGAACAACUAAUAGUCAAUUUUCUCCAGCUGCUGAACGAAAAGAAGCUCAAGAUACGCAACCAGCAACGCCUGCUAGCCACUGCAAAAGUAGACCCAGAAAAAGUGUCUUGCAUUCAGAAUGCAACAUCAGAUCAGCAUCUCCGACCGCACAAAAGUAUCCGGGUCACGAAGCGUACUGCUGCGGAAAUGAGUGAUGAUGAGGCGGAGAGUGAAGCGGGAUUCGAAACAAUGGAAUUCGAUCAAACUAUGCACUCAAAUGACUCUGAGAAGGCCAAUGAAACGGCCGAUGAGCGAUCUUCAACACCUCAGCCUCUGGAGGAAAGUGACGAAAAUACCACAGAUGAAGGGUCUCCCGCGCCCUCAGAUCCGACCGGCAGUGAGGACGAAAGACAUAUGCUCGAACGUAGAGGUCCAACUGGUCGCUCUGUAAUUAAGGAACUGCCCCUUCCUCCUCCACGAAGAGAGCUUCCAUUUGCCAGGAAGGUUCAAACGGCCGUAACAAAGCCAAAAACACAGGCACAUCAGCAGGAGAAUAAUAAUACAGAGGAUACUGCUGGGGAGACAGAUGACGAUGAGCUAUGACUGGUAUCAGUAUGUAAUUAAUAAACAGUAUUUGGGCGUAUACCGCAAUUCGUGUUGCACUGAACACUUGUUACUCUUUAAUCUUGUGAUAACCAUCGUCAACAAGCUGGACACCCUUCAAUUUGUG